GGGGAGCGCAGCGGCGCCUGCGGCGGCGGCGGGGUUAUCUCCCAGGCUGCAGAGGCUGCAAGCACCGCGUCGCCGUCGCCCGGGGGCCGGGCCGGCGGGGCGGGGCGGGGCGGGGCGUGGACCAGGGCCCCGGGCGGCGCUCGCUGGAGCACUUGGCCUCUGGGCCCCCGCCGCCCGCGCGCCCGCCCAGCGGCGCCCGCGAAGGCGGCGGUGGCCGCGGAAGGCAGAGGGCGGCCCCCGAGCCUGAGGUGAGCUGCGGUGGAGGUGGAGGUGGAGGUGGAGGUGAAGGAGCAGCAGCCACAGUCAGCAGCUGAGACUGUAGUGGAGGAAGGCGCGGGGCCUGGAGGAAGAGAAGGAUGGAGGAGCAGCAGAAGGACUGUGAGGCCGAGGUCGCUGAGCCCUGGUUUUCUAAGUGGGAGCGCCAGUGCCUUGCCGAGGCAGAGCAGGAAGAGCAGCUGUCCCCCGAGCUGCAGGAGGAGGCGGCUGCUGAUGCGGCUGGGCUCAAGAUCGAGCGGCAGAGGCUCUGGCACCUCUUCCAGAUCUCAGCCACUGCGGUGGCCCAGCUCUACAAAGAUUCCGGGUGCCAACAGCCAGGACUCUCUAUGUGGGACCCCUUCCAGAAUGCGGCCAUGGCCGUGACCAGCCUCUACAAAGAGAGCGGGGAUGCCUACCAGCGAAGUUUUGAGCUGGGCGUCCAGGUUGGCUACCAGCGUCGCGUUAGAGAUGUGUUGGAGUGGGUGAAGAAGGGUAGGAGCAUCAUUCGCCGGGAAGACCUCAUAAGCUUCCUCUGUGGCAAAGUACCCCCAACCCCACCCCCGCCACGCACCUCCAGGACGUCCCCUAGGCCGCCUGCAGCUGCCUCCAGUCAGGCUGCUGCCACUGAGUCCAGCGCAACUGUGGACGUCGACCUGCAGCCCUUCCACGAGGCCAUCGCCCUCCAUGGCCUCAAUGGCGCCAUGGCAAGCAUCAGCAUGCGAUCUGGCGCUCCUGGCUCCCCAUCUCAAGAUGGAGGUAUUGCCAGCAGUGGGCGUCGGAAAAGUAGCUUCCUUGAAGAUGAUCCGAACCCCUUGGGCUCAGAAGAACUGGCUCUCCGCCUGGAGUGUGGGGGAAUCCGCAAGCGUACCUCGGCUCAGUUUGGUGAUGCCACCACAGACUCUCCAUCCCACAAGCGCAACCGAAUGGUCUAAACUGCCUCCUUGGUUGGCCAUCAUCCACCACUUUAUUGCUUGACAGUCAACUUGACCAUCAACAUGCUUGUUGAAACCAUGCCUGAGACUGCUGAUCUUCCUUCUCUUAAGUUAAAGAUUUCUAUAAUUUACCAUAAAGAAAUUUUAAAAGUAUUCCAGAAGAGGCCUCCUAUGACUCUGACUUUCAAAAAAAAGUAAUUCUAUUGCAGAACAUCAAAUAUCACAUAGUUAGCAAGAUCAUUUAAACUUUAAAGCAAAACGUAUCCAGUGAGGGCGGGAGCCUGGUUUAUCUUAUUCAAGUUGUAUUUCUUAGCACCUAGUACAAUUGUUGGUGCUCAAUAAAUGUUUGUUGAAUGAAUAAA